AUGUUGAAUCUGGGUCAUGGCUUUGCACGUGUGUGUAUACGGAUGAGAAUUUUUGUGUAUUAUUAUGCAGGCAUUAAGAAUAGGAAGAAGGAAAAAGUUGUUUUUGAUGACCAAUCUGGAACCUGGAAAUGGAGACAUGGAUAUGACCGUGCCAAUGAUGAAGAAGCUAUACCUAUUAUUGAAGCUAAACCAACUGAUGAGUGGCAAGUUCUAUACACCAGUCAAAUGACUCAGAAGGCAAAGAAGUACCAUGAUGGUUUUUUAGGACUUGAUUCAUGCGGAUCUCAGGGGGCACAGGUUAGGCUGUUUGAUGCAAGCAGGAAACUCUUAGAUAGCAGGUUCCUUAAAAAAGAUGAUGUAAUAAAACCCGGUGAAUCAAUUGCAUUUGAUACAUAUUUGGUUGACAUUAGUAAGGAUCAAGUAAGUCAUACACCAGAUUCCAGUGUUCAGGGAAAGAAUUGCACUAAUAUAAAGAGAAUGGAGAAGAUAGACAGACAGAAAGCUUCUCUUGACAUUGAUAGCCAUGUGACCGUUGGAAAACGUGAAUGGAAAGUCCUAUACACAACACAAUUAACUCAAAAAGCAAAGAAGUAUCAUGACGGCUUUUUACAACUAGAAUUUUGUGGAUCCCUUGGGCGGCAAGUCAUACUAUAUGAUUUGAGCAAAAGACAUUUAGAACGCAGGUUUCUAAAGAAAGAUGAAGUUAUAUAA